UCUAUUCAGACAGUUCUUCCUUUCUUGCCGGUGUUACCUGAACAUUCCUUGUCAAAAAUACGAAGAUAUUAAGUCAACCUCUUUUUAUCUUCAAAUAUUUUCAACGAUGAUGAAACGAUUUUUCUUAACACCAUCGAAUCUUUUCGUGGUCCUCGUUACGACGAAUAUGAUCUACGGAAGCCCUUUAUCGUUAAUUAGAUUAUUGGCACAUAAUCAUGCUUAUUCUCGUUCUGGAGUAAACAAAGAUAUUAAUCAUUUGGAGGAUGGAAAGAAUUACGAGAAUUCGAUAUCCGUCGAUGAUUCUGUUGCAACGGGUGACAUUAAUUUACAGGAUAACCAACAAGAUUGGACGAAGAUUACGAAGAAUCCAGCUAGUCCUGUAACUGCUACAGUCGGGAAUAGAAUCGAAUUACGAUGCGAAGCUAAUGGCAGCCCGCCGCCACAAAUUCUUUGGUUGAGAGGAAACGAUCCAGAAAAGCAGCUAACCGAGUUCCUGGGUAAAAGUAUGGCGGAUCUCGAGAUUUCUUCCGACGGAUGGGAAGGACUGGGUCAGGUUGUUUCGAAACUCGUCAUAGAAUGUGUCACGCCGAACGAUCAAGGUUUAAUUUAUUGCGCAUCCGUAGCCGGGAAGAAAAUGCAAUUGUCCAAUCCGAGUUUACUCUUGGUCAAUGGAGAGAAUGGAAACAACAACAGUUGUAUCGGCGAAACUAAACCGACGAUAACUUUACACUCACCGAUGAGAUUUGCUCUGAUUGGAUCUACGGUCGUUUUGCCAUGUAGAGCUACGGGCAAGCUCAGACCUUAUACGUAUUGGUUGGACAAUAACGCGGCAGUUAUACAUUCGUCCACGAAUCCACGGUACAAGAUCUUAAGAAACGGUGAUCUGGUCAUAGAUCCGCUCAAGUGGACGGACAUGGGAAGUUUGACCUGUUAUGCCAAAUCCGAUUACAAAGAAGAUAGUGCGACAACGUUCCUUUAUCCGAUGGUAGACGAAAAGAAGGCUCUCUGAACGUGAAAUUAAAACUAAAGAAGAAGAAUAAAAAGAAAAAGAAAAAAAGAAACAAAAAAAGCAAAAUGAGAAAGGCCUGUUAUCGAUGUUCUUAAAUCCAUACUAUUAUACCGAUCCAAGUGGAUGAUUUCAAAGAGUAGAGUGAAAGUAUUGCUUGAGCAGUAUGCAAAUUCGGUUGAUUCAUUUCGAGCGUCAGUUUAAUAUGUUUGUCCUUUCGAUCGCCGCUCGCUCUGACAAAUUUUUCUAACGAAGUGCACCUUAGAGCGCACUCACGCAAUGAUUGCUAUAAAUCAAACUGGAUACGACCAGUUGAUCUUCCGACGAAAUUAUCGUAGUUUUCUUCUCUUCUCGUUUAUUCGUCUUAUGAUAAUACGUAUAUAUAUAUAUAUAUGCUUAUGAUAUACAUAUAUACAUAUAUAUAUACACAGUCAGACUUGCCCUAUUCGUCGAGUUACAAUGACGACGUCAUUUUUACUUAUCGAAUUUGUUCUAUUUUAUACUUCUAACGAAUAUAUUUUUAAUACGUGCAUAGUAAUCGUAUUAUAUCGGUAUAAGAUUAAACAUUACUGCUGCAUUUUUAAUUAACGCGUUAGAUACGACGACAAA